CUGUCCGUUACGGUGGCUUGGGUUCAGCAAAUGACCUUUUUCAAGGCUGUUCUUAUUGUUUACUGCCUCAACGUAGUAGCAUGGGGAGGAAUGAUCUUCUUGCUAAUGUGCAACGCGGCACCAGCUAUGUGUCACCCGACCUGCGACGACAUCAACUCUCCACGCCGAAAAUGGAUCGAAAUAGACUCACAAAUUCUCAACGUCCUGUUCUGCGUACCGGCAUUUUGGCUCGCCACUCGAAGAUGCAUCGAGUCCUCGAAAGCAUUUCAGUACAUGGCGAGACAAGAUAUAACCGCCUUGCGCCAGCUGGCUGCGACAUACCGGGAAUGGUUUCGACUUCCUGGAUCUGAAUCCCUAUCGGCUCACGUAUGCCCGAUCGAAGUUGAGGCUUGGCUACAUCAAACCUCAUCUCCAGAGGACAUAUUGCCUUGUCCAGUACGGAGUAUUCCAGAGCCACCACCUUCUGGGCGACGAGCGACGCCGACUCGACUGUGGAAACUUCAUGCAAUCAUUGGUUUGAAUCUGUUGAAUACGAUAUUCCAGGUUAUUGUCUCUUUAUUUAUGUGGUGCUAU